UGGCUGGCCGGGGCCCUGGGCUAUAUAAGCUGGUCACUCCAGGACUUGAGAGGCUCGGACCAUGAUGAGGUGGCUUGCUGGUAUGCUCGUCCUGGCCCUGGGCCUGGGACUGCCCUGCAGUGGGGCUUUUCCUGCCCCUCCUGGGCCCCUGGAAGACUGGAAGUUUGUGGAGGACUAUUUCAAUCGCUUCUUCCUGUGGUCGAAGAAGACCCCCAUUUCUUCCCUGGAAGAGAGGAUGAGGUUCUUGCAGAGGUUUUUUCACCUGAGUGUCACGGGCAGGUUGGACGCUGAGACGCUGGGCCUCCUGAAGCAGCCCCGCUGUGGGGUGCCCGACGUGGCUGAGUACCGCUACUUCCCGGGGUCUCCCAGGUGGAACAAGAAGCUGCUGACCUACAGGAUCCUGAAUUACCCCCCAGGGCUCAGCAAGACAACAGUGGGGGCUGCCGUGGACCAAGCUCUGCGCGUGUGGAGUGACGUCACACCACUGAUGUUCCGGAGGCUUGAGGGCCAGGGGGCCGACAUGGACAUCGCUUUCCGGAUAGGCGAUCAUGGAGACGGCUUCUCCUUCGACGGGCCCGGCAACAUCUUGGCCCACGCCUUUGCCCCGGGGCCAGAAAUCGGGGGAGACGUCCACUUUGACCGUGAAGAAACGUGGUCCACGACAGAGCUGGGUAUCAACUUGUUCCUGGUGGCCACACACGAGCUGGGCCAUGCCCUGGGCCUGGCUCACUCUGGGGACCCUGACUCCAUCAUGUUCCCUCACUACCGGUAUGUGGACCCGGGAGCCUUCCGCCUCUCCCUGGAUGACGUGCGUGGGAUCCAGCGACUGUAUGGGAGAAGAAAGAAUUUUUGACCACCGCAGCCGCCCACGGCCAUGGGCACUGCCAAGAGCUCAGCCUGGACUUCCGCAUCAGCCUGGAAAGCCAUCUGAAGGGAUCUGGCCGCCUACCAGGCUGGAGACAAGCUGGGGGCAUGGGGAGGGGAGGAAGCCCCCCCUCCCCCCACCCAAAAGGAGGAAACUUGAAAUCAGAAAAAGUUACCUGUAGGUUCCCAAUAAAGCCAGUUCUCUCUUCAGGGGCUGCUCCUCUGAGGUAAGGCAGAGUCUGUAUGCAAUGAACAAAUCAGUCAAUAAAUCAGUGCUAUUUACUGAGCUCUCA